UCGUAUAUAUCCACUUUGUGGUUCCUUCUGAACUGUAUGGCAUAAUGCAAUGACUGAAGAUAACAUUGCCUAUGAUCAGGUUCUAGAGUAUAGCCUGGCUCCAGCAUCGAAGUGUGAUGCAUUUUGAAGUGUGACUUCUGAACUGGAUUCUGGAUCUUUGUCAUGAAUGGCUGGUCACGGGAGAUCCAUUUGGCUGUUACCUGGUGAGCUGAAGGAUCCUGAACCAGACAGUACUUUGGUGUCCCCUCCGACAGCUUUAACCACUGGCCACGCAGCCUGCCAUAGGGCAGGGAAGAAUGAAUCCUGGGCCUCAGGCAGAGGUGGGAAGGCGAGAGGCCUCCACAUAAUGGUUCACUGUUGGGAGCAGUUACAACUCUGAAAUCACCUUUUAUUUGCUUCCCAAGAAAUGGACUUCAACAUUUGGCCAUUUACCCAAUUAGCGAUUCCAUUGCAUUGUGGAUUCGAGCAGUGAUGAAGAAUUUGUGUCCUCUGUGGCCAAAAUGCGCACACAGAAGAACAACAUCAACUUCAUGGUGAUUGACUCAGAAUCUGAUGAGGAAUGCUUCCAAGACAGAAAGAGAGCUAAGAUAACUGAAAUAAGCAGUGAAGAUGAGCUUCUGGAAACCAUAUCUGAUACUGAGGAGCACCCUAAAAUCCAGGAUCUUCCAAUAGUUAUUACUGAUGAUGAGAGUAGUGUUUUGGAGGGUCCUGUCACAAUAGAAGAUUCAUGUGAUCAGGACCAAAUGUCCUCAAGUGAAAAAGAGAUGAAUGAGUUUAGUACCUCCCAAAGCAGUUCCUCUGAUGCUGCUGGUGAGCAGCAUCUUGAUGAAAAUCUUGGCCAGCCACCAAGUGAUUCUCAGGCUAACCUGGAGGCUUUAGGUAGAAAGCUGUCAGAUGAAGAGCCUGUGGAACAACCAAGGAAAAGGAAGAACAAAACCAAACAUAUCUCUGUGGCUCCUGCUGUUAAGGAACGUAAGACACGUGGGCCCUCAAAGAAGAAACUCAAAGCAACAGAAGAAACCAAGACUGGGGAUGUUAUGUGCAAAAUCCCUGGAUGUUUCUUACGUGACCUUGAGAAGUCAAAGCAGUAUUCUGGAAAGAAAUUCAAGCAAAAUAAAGAUGAGCUGGUUCAGAAACUCUAUGCUCUAUUUAACAGCUCUAUCUUUGAUAAAAAGAUGCCAGAGAAAAUAGACAUUGGCUGGAAUAAAAAGAUGCUGAGAACUGCUGGCUUGUGCACCACCGGUGAGACUUGUCACCCAAAGAGGGAGCGCUACGCCAAGAUUGAGAUCUCUCUGAAAGUCUGCGACUCUGCAGACCGACUCCGGGAUACUUUGAUCCAUGAAAUAUGCCAUGCAGCUUCCUGGCUGAUCGAUGGUAUCCGUGAUUCUCAUGGUGACGCAUGGAAGUUUUUUAAAUCAGAUAAUUUAAAGUGUAAUAAAACAGAAACCUCAAAUCCAAAAUUUUCAUGA